AGUGGACCGCUGGAUGGACUGUGGAGAAAACCAGACCAUAUAACUGUGGACCUGCAGUGUCUCUGGUCGACAAGGAAACAGCCUCAAUGGACGUCCAGACUAUUCUGAAGCUCAUGUUGUUGGCUACAUGCAUCAUUUCAGAUUAACCUAGUAGUGCCAGUCAGCACCAGCACAGCGGCAGCUCUGGUUUAAUGUUUAAACUCUAACUCCCCCUCUCCACACAAACACACUGGCCAAUCGCUCUGCGUGAGCUGAACAGAGCGUCCAGCACCAGGAGUGAGUCACCUGAGAGACUGACGAGGCUGAGCUGAGUGGGCCUGGCGGACAUAGCAGCCAUUUUACAGUAGGUAUCAGUUCCUGUUCCAUUAAAAACAAACACUCAAAGGUCCUACGAGAAACUCUAACCUCCUCCACCUGAGGGACGAGUCAGGGUCAAACCGGUUUCUCCCUCUCCAUGUCUCAUAAGGAUUCUAUGAUUACGCCUAUCUUGACGAAUUAUCAGACUUCAGCAUGAAGAGCUGGAGCAGCAAAUUCAAGGGACAAGAGCCUGAUAGUGAGGCUGGGUCCUCCUCCAGUAAAAGGAACUCCAUCAGUGAUCCACCGGUGCCUGUGUGGGUUACUCACACACCCACACCAGAUGAUAUCACAGAGGAUGGAAACUCCACAGGCCGCACAUCCAGUACUCCACCGUACGCAGAAGAGGAUGACAACAAAAAAGUGCACAUGAAGGACAAGCUGAAGUCCCUCAUCCCUCAGUCAUGGGGGGGCUUCCUCCAUAAAUGGAAAAGAGAGAGCGACUCUGAAACCAGCAUGACGGGGAUCCAAAUCCUUCCUAAUGGGACCAGGGUGAGUCCUCCUGUAAGUCCACUGCUUGAGCGCAAGAACUGGGUGGACUCGCUGAGCGACUCCAGCCAGAACUCCCGUAAGCCUUUGCUAAGGGAGAGCCCCAAUGAUGAGUUGCCUGAACAAGGCCCAGGAGAGGAAUCUCUGCUCACCAGCAUCCACCCUGCAGAGUACUAUGCUGAGAAGCUGGAGGUCUAUAAGUUGAAGUACUCUUACUUGAAAUCCUGGCCAGGCCUCCUUCGACUUCUCGCUGGACUUCAGCUCCUGUUUGGGGGCAUGGUUAUAGCCUGUAUCAUCGCCUACAUCCAGAAAGACAGUGAGUGGUCCAACAUGUACGGACUCUAUAACGGUGCAUAUAACAAUGGGCUCGGAUUGUCCGGAUACAGCUACAGAGGCCCCAUGACUCCCUUCAUCCUGGCAGUAGCCGGAGUCACCUGGAUCAUCACCCUCUGUCUCCUGGUGGUGGGAAUGACUAUGUAUUAUCGCACCAUCCUCCUCGACUCCCCCUGGUGGCCUCUGACGGAAGCCUUCAUUAACGUGGCACUGUUCCUGCUCUACAUGUCGGCGGGGAUUGUAUACCUGAAUGACUUGAACCGUGGGGGGCUGUGCUACAUGACGAUAGGCGUCAACCCCAUCAUGGCCAACCUGUGUAGGGUUGAUGGGGGACAGAUGGCGGGAACGGCCUUCAUCUUCAUCAACAUGACUCUGUAUCUGGGAAGCUUCCUGGUUUGUCUGAAGAUGUGGAGGCAUGAGGCUGCACGAAGGGAGAGGGAGCACUUUGAGAACAAGCGUCAGGAGGAGUUUAACCAGUCCAUCCCACUGGCCCCUCCCGAAACAAAACGGAUAUCGUUCAAGGAUGAAAUGGAUAAAACUCUGAAUAAAAACCAUGCCGGUCCACAUGCACUUGUCCCUGGGGUCUACAAAAACCCAGUCAGUCUGAAGAGAGACACAGCGUCUGAAUACACCCCCAAAACAUACAUCAUCGCAGACUACAUCAUGAAGUACCCAGAGAUCAGCAGUGUGGAAGAACGGGAGAAGUACAAAGCAGUUUUCACUGACCAGUAUCAGGAAUACAAAGAUCUUUACCGGGACAUCAGCACCACGCUCAAUAAGUUCAGAGAGCUGGACGCCAUGAUGACACGACUCUUCAGAGAGGGAAAAAACCACGAGGAUCAACGGAGGAUUCAAAGUAUUUUGAAGAAGUAUCGGCAGAAAAAGAGUGACCCUGCCUUCCUGGAGAAAAAGGAACGCUGUGACUAUCUGAAGGCCAAAUUAAGCCACCUCAAAAACAGGAUCCACACUUUUGACCAGGAGACAAUGACAAAGGGUCAGAUGUGAAGAAAGUCCAAACAAAUCUUCUUUCUCCACAUGUUCUUCUUGAUUCAGUGUAUGCUUUAAGAUUCAUGUUUUGCCAAUAAUCAACAUUUUUCUACAUGAAGAAAUUGUGAAAAAGUGUACAAUAAAGUUGU